GUUUUACUAUUUACUGUCAUACUUGGUGUUUUUCGUGUUCAAGAAGAUUACUAAUUUGCAGUAGUAUAAUAAAAUAUAAAACAUAUCUAUAUUUCAAGACUCUAGGUCUUCAGAUUUCUAGCCAUGUUGAAUAAAACGUCGUUGGCAAUCAAAUACUUGUUAUUUGUCUUCAAUUUAAUAAUAUUUUUUAGUGGAAUAUUACUAUUUAGCGUUGGAUUAUCAAUUUGUAAUGUUUACAACCAUUACGAACAGUUUUUAACAGAACACUAUUUUACUGCGCCAUCGAUUUUGAUUGUUGUGGGUAUCGUUGUUUUAACAGUAUCAUUUUUCGGAUGUUGUGGCACGUUGAAAGAAAACAAUUGCAUGAUGCUUACUUUUGGAUUUUUAUUGGCGAUAUGUUUCUUAAUGGAAAUUGUAGGUGGUUUAACUGGAUUUAUAUUACUGGAAAAAACCCAUUUUGUAGUUACAUCAAAACUACACGAAACUAUGAUGUUUUAUAAUAAAACGACGCACAUAACACAUAUUUGGGAUCGACUUCAAACAACUUUACAUUGUUGUGGAGCUGAAAAACUGGAAGACUGGUAUCCUAUACUAGAUAACAAAUUGCCUAUGUCUUGUUGUGGUUCAUAUGAUGGAGCAAUAGAUCACCAAAAUUGUACGGCUUCUGAACCAACCAUUUUUUUGCAACCUUGUUAUGAAUCAUUAUCAAAAAUUGUAAAUGAUAAUGCGAGCGUGUUGAGUGGCGUUACAAUAGGGAUUGCGUUUUUACAGAUAUUGGGUAUAGUACUGUCAUGUUCUUUAUCAAAAUCUAUAAGAAAUAGAUAUAACCUAAUAUAAAAUCAUAAAUCUAUUAUUGAUAACAUUAUACAUAAAAUAAAAGUAUAAGCCUGUCAAUGUUUAAUUCCAAUGAUAUACAAGUUAUGGAACACUAACAUGAAAGUUGAUUGUAAAUUAAUUAUAAUGAAUGAAUAAUUAUUAUUUAUGAAUAUCUGGUGCAUUGUAUUAUGAAACUAGUUCAUA